UAUUCCUCCCCCCCUCCCCUGGUCCCUUCCUCGGAAGUAGACGCAUCUGUCUAUAUUCCGUUAUUUUCUUUUGUAUAUAUAUUUUUUUUACACCGCUGCCCCCUUCGGCAUCACCCGAGCCACGAUGGACGACUGAAGAGCAGGUCGGGUUCCCGAUUCCACCCCGGUCAUUUACCCUUGGAUCGAGAGGACCGGAUGAAAUCCAACUGUGGGUUUCUCCGCUGCGCAGGGGAGGUAGCUGUACCCAGUGAGGAGGCAGGCUCGGCCAGGGGAGGACAGAAUGAAGUUCCCUGAGCCCUGGGGACGCCAGAGGCUGUCUCUCCUCCUGGAGACGGCCGCCUCUCGGGAAGCCAAGAUGUGGAAGGUCUACGUGCCAAAGAAGAACUCCUCACAGGAAGCAGACGUGUCCCCGGCGCAGCGAGACGAGGUCGUGCGCUGGUUGACGGAGCUCCACCGCCGGCUGCAGCUGUACCCAGAGACCCUGGUGUUAGCUGUUAGCAUCCUGGACCGUUUCCUGGCUCCCAUCAAGGCUCGUCCGAAGUACCUGCGCUGCAUCGCCAUCGCCUGCUUCUUCCUCGCUGCCAAGAUGUGUGAGGAGGACGAGUGUGUGCCCUCUCUGAAGGAGCUGGCUGCCUCCAGCAGCUGUGGCUGUUCUCCGUCAGAGAUCUUGAGGAUGGAGAAGAUCGUCCUGGAAAAACUGAACUGGGAUCUGCACACCGCCACGGCUCUGGACUUCCUGCACAUUUUCCAUGUGAUGGUGUCGUCGUGUCGCUCUGGGUUUCUGGACUCGGUGUUGGGACUGAACCGCUCUCAGCACCUCGCCCUGCUCACACAGCGACUCUACCACUGUCUGGCCGACCACACACUCGUACAGCUUAGAGGAUCCAUGCUGGCCUUGGCCCUCGUCACCCUGGAGCUGGAGACCUGCUGCCCCGACUGGCUGGUUCUCACCAUCGAACUGCUGCGGAGGGCACAGAUCGACAGCUCUGAGUUGAUCAGGAGUCGAGAGCUCGUGGCUCGUAGUCUGUCCACACUGAACGUUUCCCUGCCUCAAAACACUGUCUACAUCUACCAGCCCCUGCAGAGCCCGACCACACGGCAGCGCCCGGCCCCCCACUGCACACUGGGCACCGUCACCUCCACCGCCGAGUCUUUCAGGGACCACGCCCUCGCCCCCACCGCCUCCCAACCGCCGACACCUGCUGGAGGGGAGCAGGAGGAGGAGAGUCCGAAGCCCUGGAGCUCCGUCGUCUCCUCCUCCUCCUCCUCCUCCACCCGCAGCAGCAUCCCAGCGCUGCCCUCCCCGCCCAAAAACCUCCACCGACGCAACCACCUGCAGAAGGUCACGCUACGCUGCAAGGCCUCUGCCAAGCGCAAGGUGGAGGAGAUGGAGGUGGACGACUUCUACGACGCCAUCAAACGCCUGUACAACGAAGACGUUACCACCACCUCCAUCACCGUCCAGGAGGGGGCAGCAGCAGCACCAGGUGGAGGAGGAGGAGGAGGUCUGAAUACCUGCAGUGUCCUGUUGUCCCGACAGGAAGGCAGCUCUUCCCCCUGCCCGCCUCUGCAGCCAGUCAGCACCUCCUGAAGACCAAACAGCAAGCCGUUCACCCAAAACCACACCGACGGCGACUUCCUGUUUCACUUUCACAAGCGGUGACGAGCAGCUCCCUCGGCAACGGGGCAACGAAGUCAGAGAAAACCUCCACCGCAAAGAUGAAACUAUUAAUGUCACCACACAAACGAAGCAGUGACUCAGUCGAGGUCACAGGUCACGUGGUUUUGGUGUAAACGACCCCCGAGCCGUUCAGCGUGACCCCGAGGUCAAGUCCGCCCCUCGACCCCUGCAGCAGGAAAACAGAGCGCAAAAAAAUAUCAAAAAACCUGCUGCUGCCGCUGAUGAUGAUGAUAUCUGAAUAAUCAUAUUUGUUGAACACAAAUAGAAUAUUACAAAAAGGUUUAAAAAAAUAAUAAAUAGAAAAAGUUGCCUUCCAAAAAAAACAAAAAACCCUAGAGUUGACCUCUCGACCCCCAUCGUCUCGCUCUCUGUCCCGUUCGUCAACUUUUAUUUGUUGUCUGAUUUUUAAAAAAUUCUUCUCUUUCUUUUUUCACAUAUUUAUGUUUCUGUUGUCGUCUUUCUUCCUCCCGUCAUCGUCACUCUUCACGUCUUCAUGUCUAUUUAUUAACGUCUGAAUCACACGUACGAAUGUUACUGUGACGAUUAUCUGUAGUUUUUCUCCCAGAUAGGAAAAAAAAAAAAAACGUUUGUUUUUAUGAAGUGAUAUUUGAUUGUGAGAAAGAAAAAAAAAAAAGAUGCUAAUGUUUGGGGUUUUAUUUUUUAGUUUCCUUCCCCAGUUUGACUGAAACAUUCUCAGGUUGUUCACAUCUACUAUCGUUCAGCUCUCAGUGGGCGGAGUCGGCCGCUGUAAACUCCACCCGUCUGGCACUCCUGAGAGUGAGAAACGAACGCCGUUAGAGACGUUUAAAGACAUCUCGAUGUUUGAUUCACUACAACUUUCAAUGUUCUCAUUGAAAAUCGUCAAAGUCUCCGUCAAGAGGACGUAAAAACAGGCGUAACAGUCAGAAAAAUUCAAAAUUCUAGUUAAUAUUUAUAUGUAAUAAAACAGCCGUGAGUUAUUUAAAGCAUUACAAUAAUAAUAAUAAUCUACGAGACAGAAAUGUGGUCUGUGAGUUGGUGUCUAGCUGAUUCAGAAAGAAAGAAAAAAAAACACGAGUGACAAUCUCCACUUUGAUGUUUUUUUAAAAAUGAAAGAAGAAAGAAUCUAAAACACGCUCAGUUUUUAUCAUGACAUUCUGUUUAAUAUAUUUUUAUUCCUGCAAAAAAAGCUCUGUGGUUUCCUGCUGCGGCGGCUGCCGGAGGCUGCUCCGGGUCCCUGAACGCACCACGGCACCAAUAAAUAAAGAGAUAAGUGACA